AUGGGGAAUUGUGUGUCUCACUCUCGUGUGAAAGAUGAUGAUUCUGUUCAUCACGUGGAUUUUGCUUCUGGGAAGGUUCAUCUUAUUAAUACCAAAGAAUCUUGGGACCAAAAGUUAGAACAAGCAAGGGGAGAUGGAAAAAUUGUUGUUGCAAAUUUCAGUGCGAUAUGGUGUGGUCCUUGUAAGAUGAUUGCACCAUAUUAUUGCGAGUUAUCCGAGCAUUAUCCAUCCAUUAUGUUCUUAUUAAUUGAUGUCGAUGAACUAACUGACUUUAGCACGUCGUGGGAUAUUAAAGCCACGCCGACGUUCUUUUUUCUUAGAGAUGGACAAGAGAUUGACAAACUUGUAGGAGCCAACAAGCCAGAGUUGGAGAAGAAGAUUGCUUGUGUUAAUGUCGCUCCCCGACAUCAAUAG